AUGUCAGUCUCCCGCUUCACCCAGCCCCGCCCCGCGCAGCCUCUGACGGGAACUCCCCCCAAGUUCCCCCGGUCUCUCCUCUGCGCUCUGCUCAGUCUCUCCUAUCGCCACUCUACAACCACCAGCACCACUGCCACGGCUGCACAAUACGGCGUGCGUAACCCGCUUGGCACAGGCUCGCUUCGCUUUGCCCCUCGUCGUGACUUGAGUUUUUUUGGGAGAAAGAAACGACACAUGAACGGGAGCGAAGCAGGUGGUGUUGCUCAAUCCAAACACAUCAACCCCUCUUGA